AUAAGAGACGUCUGCGCAGACGCCAGUGUAGAAGAAGAAAUAAAAGCACGGGACUUUUUCCGGUUAGCGAGCAUAAAAUGUGUGUCGAGUAUUGUUGCAGGAACACUCGGGAGUGAAGAUGCUGCUGGUUCUGUGUGACGAGCACAAGGAACACCUCGCCUUCCUGCACAAAGUGGACGCAGCAGUUGUUGGAGAGUUUGGUCGCAUCGCUUUGGAAUUCCUGAGGAAAGGAGCUAGCCCAAAAAUCUAUGAGGGAGCUGCCAGGAAGCUGUGUGUGGCUGUGAAGAUGGUGCAGCACGGGGUGGAGGGCCUCAUGUUCCUCAUGACUGAGAGCUCCAAACACAUGCUUUCUGAGGUGGACUUUUUGGACUCCGUGCGGGCUCUGGACUUUGGUGACGACCUCAGCCAGACUCUCCUGCAGAUGUACCAGCAGAAUCAGAAUGAGAUCCGCAGCAUCCUGAGUCUGGUUCCUUCCAACUUGCCCGCUUACCAUAACCUGGAGUGGAGACUGGAUGUACAGUUGGCGAGUCGCUCCCUCCGCCAGAUGGUGGCGCCCAUGUUGACCACCAGGCUGCUCCUGACACGCAGACUCGGCUCCUGCACGGAACACAGCAGCAGGGUUCUACAGGUGGACCUCAGCACCCUCCUGCACUUCAUCUCCGUGCUGGAGGGGGCUCUCGGGGCCAUGAAAACCACCCACGCUCGGCGGAUUUUACGUAGCAUAAAAUAACCUCCCGGUUGCCGAGCUGAAGGAGCACCAACUGGACUGACUGUGUCCGAGAUGUUGUGUUCUUGUCAACAGCGGGCAUGCAUGGUUGGUACUUUGCAUCGGAAUGGGAUGUCAGGGACCAUCCUUUACUGCAGUCCAACAAAAACACAGGAAGUGACAUCACAUUACCUACAGAGACCAUCCUUUACUGCAGUCCAACAAAACCACAGGAAAUGACAUCACAUAACCUACAGAGACCAUCCUUUACUGCAGUCCAACAAAACCACAGGAAGUGACAUCACAUAACCUACAGAGACCAUCCUUUACUGCAGUCCAACAAAAACACAGGAAGUGACAUCACAUUACCUACAGAGACCAUCCUUUACUGCAGUCCAACAAAACCACAGGAAGUGACAUCACAUAACCUACGGACGAUAAUUUGUUUUUGUUUUUCUUGGAACUGAAUUUUGGUAACUGACUUUUUGUAUUUGAAUUUUGUGAACUUAUUUUUUACAUCCAAUUAGGCUUGCAAUUUUAUUGAAAACAAUUUAAUGUAAAAAAAAAAAUAUCUGCGUAAAAAAAACUUCAGUGCAGAAAUAUUUGUUGCUUCAAAACUCAAGACACACUUCUGGUAAUUUAAGACCGAGGCACCUUGUUGGGUACUUCUGAGAGUGCUUAAGUCAGGGGUCCUAAAUCCAGCCCACGGGAAGUCUGGAGCUAAAAAAAUUAAAGAAAACAUUUUUGUUUUUAUUUUUAUUUGUCCUUUCUAAUCCAUUUUCUACCACUUAUUACUCUUGGGGUCUCCUAACUGCUCAGACAAAUUAUAUUGUUUAAAAAUGCAUUUUCCCAUAAAUAACGUGAUGUCCAUCCAUCCAUUUCUCUACCGCUUUUUCCCUUUUGGGGUCGCGGGGGGCGCUGGCGCCUAUCUCAGCUACAAUCGGGCGGAAGGCGGGGUACACCCUGGACAAGUCGCCAUCUCAUCGCAGGGCAUAACGUGAUGUCAUUACGCUCAAUUAAUGUGAGGAAUACACACACACACACACACACACACACACACACACACACACACACUCACACUCACACACAAAUAUUUGUACCCAAUGCGGCCCCCCAGUCAAAAAGUUUGUGGACCCCUGCCUUAAGUAUUAAUUUACUGGAAAUUAGUCUUGAGGUUUUUUUUCACAUUUUUCUGCACCAAAUUUUGUUUACAAUGAAUUUUUGUAUUAUUUUUUUUUUUUACACUAAAUUUGUACUAAAUUCAUUUGAAAACCUUAUUUUGAAAAAACUGUUUUUUUUUUAAACAUACACAUUUUGCUCAAAAAUCUUUAUUCAAUGAAAUGAUCAGCAUAUUUGGAUGUAAAAAAAAAGAAAAAAAAAAAGAAGCAUUUAGCAGGAAAAAAACGCAAAAAAGUCUGUGUAAAAAGAAAGAAAAACAAACUUUGGUAUCAUGGACACAAAUGAAGUGUCCACACACGUCCUCACUUCUUAGCUCAGCUAACUUUUUACAAUUGUGUGUAACUAAAGAACAUUGACAUGUAAAAUCAAACAUUCCCUGUAUAGUAAAACUUAUAUGAUGGCCGCAUCUUCA